UGCAAGCGUAGUCAGGCAGGCCGGGUCAAUAACAAUCGGGCAGGUAGGUACAGGGGGUCAGGCAGAGAAUGGUCAGGGUCACAAGCCAGGGAUCAAACAGGAGAAGUCAGCAGAGGUCCGGAUCAGGCAGGGUCAGCAAUGAAUCAGUCAGACUGGAACAGGAACAGGGAUGCAGGUAACAAGAUACAGGGGCCCAGGAAAAACACACACCAAGGCCCAGACUGCAGGUCUGGCCAUCCCUUAAAUACACCUGCAUAAUCAGCUUCAGGUGUUUGGCUGGCUGCAGGGUUGAGUGUCUGAUUGCUGGGAGCACCCGCUGGCCAGCCCUGGUACUGCAGCCCACAAGGCAGGUGAGUCCCACCAUUACUGGCAAGUCCAUUCCUGACAACUGCUUUCUGUAACAUUACAUUAGCUGA